CACCACUCAACCCUUACUAGCCGUCAUCACCUCGAUCUGAUUUUGUUCUGGACUGUAUAGCGUUGCUAUUCGUUUUCCUUGCUGUCUAACAAUAAAUCUCUGGCUUGCAUUUUGCCCGUGGAUCCCAUCCAGACCGCUGCAACAUGGCUCUUCUCCAAGCUAGAGUCAAGAGUGUCCUUUCGGGCGAUACCUUGAUUAUUACCAACCAGAAAGGCGCUGAGCGUACUCUGUCUCUAGCAUAUAUUUCUGCUCCUCGUCUGAAGAGAGAAGGGGACGAACCCUUUGCCUUUCAAUCCCGCGAGUUCAUCCGAGAACAAUGUCUCGGCAAGGUCAUUCAAUUCCAAGUCCUUUACGCCAUUCCUACCACGAAACGAGAAUACGGCCGAGUUAAACUUCCUACCGGAGUUGAGUUACCGGAUCUGAUCGUGCAGGAAGGUUGGGCCAAAGUACGAGAGGAUGCGGGUAAGAAGGAGGAUGACGAGAAUGCGCUGGCAUACUUGGACAAGCUCCGAACCCUCGAAGGUGAGGCAAAGUCAGAGGGCAAAGGUGUCUGGGGUAAAGGUGGUCAUAUCGAGACGUCCUCAGAGGUUGCCGACCCCAAUGCCCUAGUCGAGCAAUACAAGGGCAAGAAGAUCGAUGCCAUUAUUGAGCGUGUCCUCACUGGGGAUCGCUUGAUCGCACGUGUCAUGCUCACCCCCACCAAGCACGUUCAGACAAUGUUGGUCAUGGCGGGGAUAAGAACUCCAGCCACGAAAAGAACCUCUCCCGAAGGGAAGGAUAUCCCUGCGGAACCAUAUGGUACCGAAGCGCAUACAUUUGUGGAGGAAAGAUUACACCAACGAAAGUGUGCGGUUGAAUUGCUCGGGGUGACACCACAAAAUCAACUCAUCGCAAAUGUACUACACCCCAAAGGCAACAUUGCAAAAUUCCUGCUUGAAGCUGGUCUGGCCAGAUCGAAUGACCAACAUGUCACUCUGCUUGGAAACGAGAUGUCGCAAUUCAGACAAGCUGAGAACGCUGCAAAGACUGCGCGAAGGGGUAUCUUUACUGGAGUUUCCUCCAAAGCUGCUGGCGUACAGGAGGCUGAUUUUACCGUCUCACGAGUACUCAAUGCCGAGACCGUCUUCAUUAGAACUCGAUCUGGCGAAGAGCGGAAAGUGACUCUUUCAAGCAUACGUCAACCCAAGCCUUCCGAUCCGAAGCAAGCUCCAUUCGGCGCCGAUGCAAAGGAAUUCCUGAGGAAGCGUUUGAUCGGUAAGCAUGUCAAGGUCAGCAUUGACGGCAAGAGACCUGCUUCGGAAGGUUUCGAGGAGCGAGAAGUGGCCACCGUCAUCAUCAACGGGAAAAAUAUUGCCUUGACUAUGGUCGAAGCUGGAUAUGCUUCUGUCAUCAGACAUAGACGCGAUGAUGAUGAUCGUUCCCCGGACUACGAUGCUCUCCUUCUCGCAGAAGAAACCGCCCAAAAGGAAGAAAAGGGCAUGUGGUCACCAAAAGCACCAGCGGCCAAGAAAUAUCAGGAUUACUCCGAAAGUCUACAGAAGGCCAAAAUGGAGGCUUCAGUUCUGCAGAGGCAGAAGAAGGUCCCCGCCGUGGUCGAUUUUGUGCGAGCUGGCUCGAGAUUCGUCGUCCUUGUUCCUCGCGAAAAUGCCAAGUUGACCUUUGUCCUAUCCGGAAUCCGCACUCCCAAGCCCGCAAGACAGCCGGGCGAUGCUUCUGAGCCAUUUGGGCAAGAGGCUCUGGAUUUUGCCAGCAGGAGAUGCAUGCAGCGAGAUGUUGAGAUCGACGUCGAAAACACUGACAAGGUCGGUGGCUUCAUCGGCACCAUGUACGUCGGGCGUGAAAACUUUGCCAAAACCUUGGUCGAAGAAGGUCUAGCAUCAGUGCACGCCUACUCCGCCGAACAAAGUGGACACGCCAAUGAGCUCGUCGCCGCCGAAAAGAAAGCCAAGGAAGGACGAAAGGGUAUGUGGCAUGAUUGGGACCCCAGCCAGGAGCAGGAAGAGCAAGCAGAAGAAGCCCCUCUUCCCACCAACGGCACCAACGGAACCAACGGGGAAUCGACCGAGAGGAGAAAGGACUACCGUGAUGUGAUGGUGACGCAUGUCGACGAGGCCGGAAAACUCAAGAUCCAACAGAUCGGGUCUGGCACGACCGGCUUGACCGAGCUGAUGAACGCCUUCAAAUCCUUCCACCUCAACAAGGCGAACGACACCCCUCUACCGGGACCUCCCAAGGUCGGGGACGUCGUCGCCGCCAAAUUCACGCUGGACAACGAAUGGUACCGGGCCAAGGUACGGAGGGUCGACCGCGAAGGCAAGAAGGUCGACGUGACCUACCUCGACUAUGGCAAUUCGGAGACGGUGCCCUGGAGUCGCCUGCGGCCCCUGACCCAGCCCCAAUUCUCGACGCAGAAAUUGAAGCCGCAAGCCACGGACGCGGUCCUUUCCUUCCUGCAGCUGCCCACCUCUCAGCAGUACCUCCGAGACGCGGUCGACUUCGUCAUGGAGCAGACCGAGGGUCGGGAGUUGGUCGCGAACGUGGACUACGUCGCCCCCGAGGGCACCCUGUAUCUCACCCUGCUCGACCCCAAGGUUUCGUCAAAGAUCGACGAGAGCAUCAACGCCGAGGUGGUCAGAGAAGGGCUGGCCAUGAUCCCGACGAAAUUGAAGGCCUGGGAACGACAAUCGGCGGACACGUUGACCCAGCUGCGAGCCCUCCAGGAUCAGGCCAAGGAGGCCCGCAGAGGCAUGUGGGAGUAUGGUGAUUUGACGGAAGAUUAAACAAAAAAGUCCGACGUCUGGACUCGCAUCGACGUUGAUGCGAAUGGGCACUCGAACCAAGGUAAGGGGACCGUCAGACCGAGGAUUCCACACACACACACACACACACACACACACAACAAGGAGAACGACAGUUUACAGACAGAAGCAUUUACGACACGCCAGAGGGGAAAAAAAACCAAAAAGCAUUUUCCACGUCAAAAAAGGGACCGUUCGGGCACCCAAAAAAAAAUUGGCACAAUUCAGCGACCUGGCUCUUUGUCCCUUUUCCUGUUUUUGCACAUAGCAUGGCGAAUUUGACGAACCUGUUGAAGUAAGCAAGUACAUACCUACAUAGCAACCUUCACAAUACCCAUGAUGAGCAUGACCAUGACCCACGUCGAGUGAGGGAUGGAGCUGAU